AUGGCCCGAGGCUCACAACGGAGACCCUACAGGCGACGCACAGGAUUCUUCACCUCCCCCAACAGCCAACCCACAGGACUGCCCCAGGUCACCCACAACAACCACCACCACCACCGGUCUGCCCACCAUCCCGGAACAUCCAGAGGAAGACUAUCCAGCCCUGCCUGCAGCACAAGCUCCACACAGACUCUCCAUUUUCACAGAUCCCUCACGACAACCUCCAUCCCAACCCCGGCAAUACAAGCAGACCACACUAGUAGCCCCCCACCCCAUUUACAACACUCACAAGUACAUCCCCAACAAACAAUCACUUCCCAACCCCCAGCCGAUCAGAAGAGGACCCAUCAAACCACCCACCUCCACCCAACCCCACCGGCUCAACCGUCCCCAGCCACCUCCACGCCCCUGCCACAGAGGACCAGAAAGGUGACCUGGGGCCCCCUCCCCUCCAGAGAGGACGUCCAGACUACAAUCUCCAACCCCAGCAUCUCGCCCAUCCCACUCCCCACCCCUCCCGCCCACACACCACCCACCCAUGACCUGCAAUUGGCCUCCAGGACCCUCUCCCCCUUGGCCCAUUCCUCUCCUUCCUCACGGAGUCCUAUCCAGGCUCAAGUAGGACAAACUGUCCCAUCCCGACCAGACAGCCGGGACUCGGAUGCCCCCCCUCCCCUUCCCAACCUUCAACCGCCUCCUCCUGACACCACAGCCCUAGCCCCCUUCUACCCCACUUACCACAUCGCCCGCCCAACCAGGAAAAUCCAGGACUGGUUUUUUCGACCACGUAAACCAGUCCUGGUACUAGGUGACUCCAACAUCAAUCGCAUCCCCCCCCAUAACUAUCACAGGACCAGGACCCCAGGCAGACCACCACAAAACAACUCAAGUCCCUCUUCCGUAUGGCUCCUGGAGAGGGGGCUCUCCUUCAUUCCUCGCCCCACCAGACUGGACCGGGAGGAACUUCAAAGGGACCUCCACUUCUAUCAUAGAAGACUAAAACUUAUUGACCACUUCCACCCCGACACAGACUAUCAGCACACUCCAUUCAUUCACUCUUCAAAUUGGGAACCAGAACAGGCCGGACUGCACCAACAUCUACAGACAACCAUCAGGACAGACAGACGGGCUCUGCGGAAUUAUCGGCCCCCGGCGGAUGUCCCUGACAACCUGUCGGGGGCCGAACGCAGAGCCCUGACAGAAUUGAUCACCGGGACAGCCAUGGGUCAGAGGUUCGCCCCCUCCUAUGCUAACCUCUACAUGAGCGAGUGGGAGCGAGAAGCCCUGGCACCCCCCCAGGUCCAGGGAUCCGAGCCGUCGCCUCCCUCCCCCUACCUGAACCAAGGUCUGUAUCCCUACCCCAACCCCGAACCUAACCCUAAUCCUAACCAUCCCCCAUCCCUCACGCCUAACCCUAACCCCCCUUUCCCCUACCCUAACCAGGGUUUGGAGAACAACGACCGCUGGACUUGUGGACAGAGGAGGAGGGCAGAAAGGAUUUGGAUCCACAGGCUGGGGACCACCACGCCAGGAGCUCAUGCAGACCUCGCUGAACCACCACCCUGGGCCCUGGCGUGGUCGCCCCCUCCCUAUCAAUACCUGGACGACAUCUGGGGCACAUGGGAACACCAGCUGGAGGAGUUCAAGGAGUUCAUCCAACUCCUCAAUUCACACCACCCCUCGAUCACAGUAAAGUAUGAGAUCAGUGACAAACAAAUAGACUUCCUGGACACCACGACCUACAAAGGACCCGAUUUCCCUAGCACAGCCACACUGGACACCAAGAAGAAGAACUCCUCACUGAACAGAACCAGUACAGAAGCCCAGAUGAUUGCCCAACCAGACCCCCUGGGGAGAAAACCCCUGAAAGGGAACAACACUCUCCCUAGCGGUGGCAGCACCGAAGGGAAAGUACCAGCCCAGGAACAUAAGAAAACCCUGACCCAGGAACGUGGAGCAAAAGACCACCUCCCACCGGGAAACCCAACCCAGUACACUCUUCACCUGAAGACUUCCAGACCUCAAGAGGCAGCAGAAGACUCAGCAGCAGGAGAACCAGCAGCAGAGAAACAGCAGCAGCAGCAGAAGAAGCAGCAGAAGGAGCAGCAUAAGAAGCAACAGAAGAAGCAGCAGCGGGAACAACCCCUAGACCUCUCCAGACCUUCAACCUGCAUCCUCUUAAAAACAACAGCAAUUUUAAUUGCUAUAAUAAAGAGCAUUUCCUUACCCACUCCUUUCAGAACAACCACCACACAAGGGCGGGACUGA